UUAAUUUAUUUUACUCCCUUUUUUUUCUGCAUGUGCCUUAUAAUAAAAACUACGUUUUUAAUGUUGCUUGUUUCGAAAUGGGAAAAACCCACAAUGUUAUGAUAAUAUUCUUACUUCAAAGCUUGUUUUUUGGACCUAGUAUUGUUUUUCAUAUUGGUACUGACAGCACAGCUAUCACUGUUAAAAUGUGGUGUACUAAAAAAGACACAUGUUGUAUUUGGAUGUGUGAAAUCUCAGCAUGAAGGCUUCACGAAGGCUCGUAACUCAAAGCAUAUCGCAGCUGUUUAAUCGCUCCACGUUUUUGCCUUGAAUAAAAUGAACUAUUGUCCCGUAGUGUGCCUUAUUUUUCAGUAUUUUUUUACCAAUGGGCGGCUGGCCGAAUGGAUCGAUGACAUUUCAAAAAGUCGGCAGAGAGAAAAGUGCACCGCGAGGGGGGAGUCUCCACCGCACAUGUGCGCACCCCGGAUAGCAGGCAUGAGCUGAAGUGUGCAUAACCCGUCAAAAACAUUGGCCCUCUCGCGCGUGCAGUGGCUCGGACAGCAUGGGCACGCGGGAGGACGACGCGCUGCUGGUCCUAAUCUACCAGCACCUCAAGGUGCACGGCUUCAAAAAGGCCGCCAAGCUCCUGGAAAAGCACCUAACUCAGGUGGAAACACCAGAGGAGAGCUCCAACCUACAGGACAUCUACACCGGAUGGGUGAAGCUUUGCUCUCUGGCUCAGGAAGCCAAGCAGGAGACGGAAGACUCUGGGAAUCUGAAGAAGGAGAGCAUCAAACCCGAACCCGUCACCAGCGAAGAAGAAGAGGCCGCCAAAACUCCGAAUGGCGAGGAGGCCGAGGACAAACCUCUGCUUGAGUCAAAGGAAGAUGCCGUUGAACCUUCCAGCCCAGAGAAAGAAGCAGAAAUGGUCUCUAAUGGCUCCCCAACAGCAAAUCCAGACGUCCAGGGGUCCGAAUGUGCUGAUGGUGGAGAGGAAGAGGAGAGGAUGCAGGAGGUGAGUGGCUGA